ACGUUCAUCUUCAUCCACUCAGACUUUUGAGUUAUUCAAGCUGUUGUGUUCUCCCUGAAUAAUCUUUGUUGCAAAUCAGGUAUGUUAUUAUGUGCCGUUCUCUCUGAAGGGGUUGUGAAGCCUAAGUCUCUCUACCCAACUGUCUCUUAUGAUUCUCCGUUCUCGAACUCUUUGGAUUCUCCACGCUCUUUUGAACCUUUGAAUCUUUGACUUUGACAUUUGUCUCUUUUCAAGUUAUUUCGUCAUUACCAUCUAGUGGAGCAUCUCAGAUCUAUAAUGGACAUGGAGAAAUUGCAACGACGACCACGGAUUCCCCCUAAACCCAAUCUCAAAGACUUGACUUUAAAAAGGCCAAACCAAAGGCUGUCAGUGGAGAGUAACAAGGGCAGCAGGACCCAGGAGAGGAAGGAAAAGUUUACCAUUGUCCAUCACAGCACCCAGAAAGCUGAGCUUGUUUCUGGGUCGCUUGUCGAAGCAGGCCAGCCUCUCACCGAAGCUACGAUACCUCUGACAUCCAGAGCACAGCGAGGACCGACCUCUAAACCCCAGUCCCACCGCAUGGCCCAGCGGAACAAGUCCAGCCAACACCAGGGCAUGCGUACACCUUCCCAGCAAACAGGGAACAGAUCAGCACCAGAUGGACGUGAAGAGAAUUUGUUGGUUGGUGUGGCUGCUGAUGAAAACGAAAGCCCAGCUGCGUCCUCAUGUGGUCAACUUGCGACACAGGAAACCUGCAUUUGUCAACCGAACAGACCCGGGAUGAAGCUGGUCUGGGUGCCGAUAUGUGACCUGGACGAGUACGUGGAUGAGUACGUGGGUGCUGGCAGUGGGAAAGGGAGAAGAGAGCAGGCGGAGAAGCCCAACGUAGUGUGUCCUCCAGUCAAGACACUCAGGCCCCAACACAACAUCUCUCCGGUGAAAAAGGAGUCAAUGUAUGAAGUACUAACUGAUAUCCCCAACUAUCUCACACUCCUCAACACGCCUCCAGGUUCCUCCUCUGAAAACGCCGGCCCUCACGGAUCACCUUCCAAACGCACGCCGACGGCAUCUUCUGCUGCCCGGACCUGCAGCUCUGAACAAAGUACAAAAAGGAACAUCCCUCUGCCUCCCCGCCCGCCCACCCCCCACCGUCACUCUCCCAGCCCCCACCAUCACUCUCCCACCCCCCACCGUCACUCUCCCACCACCCAGCAUCGCUCUCCCACACCCCAGCAUCGCCCUCCCACGCCCCACCAUCACUCUCCCACCCCCCACCGUCACUCUCCCACCCCCCACCAUCACUCUCCCACCCCCCAGCAUCGCCCUCCCACGCCCCAGCAUCGCCCUCCCACCCCCCAGCAUCGCUCUCCCACCCUCCAUCAUCCCCGUCCCUUUCCACCUGCUCCUGUGCCCAGUCAGCGCCCUCUGCCCCCCCUGCCCUCCGCCUCCAGCCCUGCCCCCACCUACCCUCAGCCACUGAACCCCCCCACCUCUUUCUAUGAUGACUUGGAUGGAGAAGGCCAACUAGACACAGAGGAAGGAGAGGAAGCCAGGGUCCUUCCAGAUGGUCCCAGAAGAAUCUCCUCAGACUGGGAGUCCCAGAGGGAGAAUGUGCCGCUGUACCAGGACUACCAGGCAGAGGCCAUCAAGGAGGCGCUGCGUGUCCAGAAAGAGUGUGAGGGAGGCGGGGUGAAGGCGGGGCUACGGGGGGAUGUGAGGAGGAGCUGGGCCCUGGGUGAGCCCAGGAAGGGCCCCGGGGAUGUCACUCUCUGGAGGGACCUGCCCGUGGUCCGACACAGUGGCCUCUUAGAGAGUCUACCCUACCAGGAGCUCCAGAGGCAGGAGAGCAUGUUUGAGGUGCUCACCUCAGAGGCGUCCUACCUGCGCUCCCUCAGGGUGCUCAUGGAUCACUUUUUGAUGUCUCGCGACCUGGAGGAGACGCUUGUCGUCCACGACAAGAGGAUCCUCUUCUCCAACGUCCUGGACGUCUGCGAGGCCAGCGAGAGGUUCUUGAAUGAUCUGCUGGAGAGAGUGGAUGAAGGCAUCACGAUAAGUGAUGUGUGUGACAUCAUCUACAAACACGCCGAGCGCAACUUUAACGUCUACAUUGAUUACAUCCGUGACCAAGACUACCAGGAGAAGGCCUACAGCUCCCUAAUAGAGAGCAACAAGGCGUUUGCAGUGGUGAUGGCGAGGCUAGAGGCGUCUCCUCUGUGUCGCCGGCUUCCCUUCUCCUCCUUCCUCCUGCUGCCUCUACAGAGGAUCACCCGCAUCAAGAUCCUGGUCCAGAACAUCCUGAAGAAGACUCAGGAGGGCAGCAGAGAGGAACACAGCGCCAUGCUGGCUCUGACCACUGUCUCCGAGCUCAUCAAGAAAUCCAACAAGCUGGUGGGUCAGAUGAAGCAGAUGGAGGAGCUCAUUCAGAUCACCAACCAGCUGGAGUUUCACGGGAUCAAGGCCCUCCCCCUCAUCUCCACCACCCGCUGGCUGGAGAAACGAGGAGAGCUGCAAGAGCUGACCAAGGGAGCGUCCCUCUUCAGCUUCGGAUUCAAGCUCACCCCCUUCUACCUCUUCCUCUUCAACGACCUUCUCCUCGUAACGCAGAAGAAGAGCUCAGAGCGCUACGUAGUGAUAGACCACGCCCAUCGCACCCUGGUGCAGGUGAAGGCAGUGGACACAGGUGACCUGGGAUCCCGGUACGAGCAUUCCUUCUCUCUGCUGCUGCUGGAGAACCACCAAGGUCAGGCCAGCGAACGCCUUCUGAAGGCUCCCUCGGGGUCAGACCUGCACAGGUGGAUUGGAGCAUUCCCCUCCAUGAGUGAACCCAGCAGACAGGAGGUGGUGUACGAGGACUGGGACUGUCCACAGUUUCAGUGUGUGGAAGUAUACAGAGCCCAGCAACGUGACGAGCUGUCCCUGGAGCCAACAGAUAUCAUCAAUGUGUGGCGGAAGACCCAUGAAGGUUGGUACGAGGGACUCCGUCUCCUGGACAACGAGAAAGGCUGGUUUCCUUCCAGGGUUGUCGUGGAGAUAACAAACGAACAUGUGAGGAGACGGAAUCUUCGGGAACAGUUCCGGAUCACUCAGGCAACGGCUGCCAUUGAAACAGAGAGCUGAGGCAUAUACUGGACCUCACUGUCAGCUAUCAACAGACUCCUCUCACAGCACCGUUUCCAAAUCACUAGGAACUGUUCUCAUAUAUUCACAUGUAUCCAACAUGAUUUUUUUACUAGCCUAUGUUCAAAGUAAACAGCUACAUGAAGCAAUUUCUCAACAACAACAAAAAUUAUCCAUCCAUAACUUGUAAAUAAAUAA